AUGGCAGCCUCCAUGGAAAAACUCGUGACCAAAGCAAUUGACCAAUAUUUAAAGUUAUACCAAAACCCAGAGGAUUUUUUCAGCAUAAACAAGAAAUUGGUAACUAACUUGAAAAGCACAACCAAAUCCAUAUAUGAAAUUACCAGACAUCAAAUUUCAAUACAAAAUGCUGGUUUACCAGAACUGAUAAUUAAAGACUUUGAUGAUGAACAAAUAUGGCAGCAGUUAGAACUAAGAAACGACUCAAGCGUUCAAAAUUUGCUGAGUGAUGUUGCCAGAUUGGUGGCAUCCAAGGACUCGUUAGCAUUUCAGCCACGUGGUCCUGAUAGACAUGACAAAACAACAAAGACAUCAGGAGCCAGUGAUGAUGCGGAGAGUUCUGCUGAUGCUCCAAGUUCAGAAGAAAAUGAUUCAGAUUCAGACACAGACACGGAGCUGUCCAGAAUCAAAGCACGUCUGUCUGCCAUUGAAAACAACCCAGCUCUUGCCACGGGGUCAGACAGUGAUUUAGAUUUCGACUUCGAUGUUGGUAAUGAUGAUGAUGCAGAUGAUGAUGUUGAAGGUGAUAAAAUGGACGAUGGUGAAGGACUUGGAGGUGGUGAAUCAGACUCUGAAGAACAGAACAGCAGGAGGAAGAAGCCGUCUUACAAGAGUGAGGUAGAUGAUCGCUUUUUCAAAAUGGCUGAUUUGGAGGAAUUUCUCAGUGUUGAGGAUGCAAAGGAAGAAAGAAGACGGAGGAGGGAGAUGCAAGGAACAAAGCCGGACGAUGAAAAUGAUGACGAUUCAGAGGAAGAUGAUGACGUGGACAUGUUUCAGAAUAUAUCAUCAUCGGACGAAGAUGAAGAGGCUAGAAACUUGAAGUACACUGAUUUCUUUGAACCUCCUGAUGAGGAGACGGAAAACACAAGGGAGUUGAAGGAGAAGACAUCUGGAAAAGAAGCAGGUCGAUUAUCCAAGAAGAAAGUCUCAUUCAGCGAGGAAAAGAAAUCUGGUGUGAAGAGGAAGAAAGAUGGCAGCCUGCUGCCAGACUCUGACAGUGAGGGUGAGGAGAUCGUGGAUGUUAUCGGAGGCAAGACCGAGGAGAACCUGUCAACGUACGAGAAACGACAGAAAAAGCUGAAGACGAAGAUAGCGGAAAUGGAGGAUGCCAGUCUAGUGGAAAAGCCGUGGCAGCUGUCUGGAGAGAUCACGGCACAGGCUAGACCGGAAAACAGUCUACUGGAGGAGUACGUGCAGUUUGAACACACAACAAGACAAGCACCAGUGAUAACAGAGGAAACCACCAAGACACUUGAAGAUAUCAUUAGACAAAGAAUCAAAGACCAGUCAUGGGAUGAUGUAGAAAGGAAAGAAAAACGAAAAGAGGAGCCGUUUGAGUACAAGAAACGGAUAGCUCUAGAUAUGGAGCAGAGCAAACUGUCGCUCGGGGAGGUGUAUGAGCAGGAGUUUCUCAAACAACAGCAGAAAGAGGAGGAGGAAAAAGAAGAUCCACAGCAUGAAGACAUCAGGAAAAUGAUGACGUCUUUAUUCUUGAAGCUCGACGCCCUGUGUAACUUCCACUACACACCCAAACAGAUCCUGCCGGAAGUGAAGAUCGUCUCUAACGUUCCAUCCAUUGUGAUGGAGGAAGUGGCUCCCGUCAGUGUCAGCGACGCCAAACUCCUCGCACCACACGAAAUUCAGGAAAAGGAGAAGGGAGAACUGAAAGGCAAGCAGGAAAAGUCGGUUGCCGAUCGGAAGAGAGAGAGAAGAAAUAAGAAGGCCAUGAAGAGACAGCGCAGACUUGAUAAGGAAAAGCGUGAGAAAGUCGUCAGCAGAAUGAAUCCUGGACUCGGUAACAAAUACAGCAAGGAGAAGGCCAUGAAGGAUUUGGAGAAACAGUCGAAACUCGCCAAGAAUGUCACAGUCAUUAAGGACAGUGCAAGUAGGAAAGCAGUUGGUUCAUCAACUGCGUUUUUCACACAGUUGCAGGAGGAAGUGACAUCACACAUUCAGAAGUCGAAGGAGAAGAAGGUGGCUAAAAAGACAGACAGAUCUUCAGCAUUAAAACUAAAGUUGUAAAAUGUUGCAAUAUCCAGUCUGUGGCUGCGUAUUCAUCAUCAAUAAAAUAAUGAAAUUGUGUAAUACAAUAUUUCAUUUUA